UCUACAAUCUACCAUUCCCACAUGUUGGCGAUGUGAGAAGCGUGCUUUGAGAUUCCACGCUCGCGCUUCACCCUCUCACAGUUAUACCUUGUCGUCCAAAAAAACAACCCGGAGGACUCCUAGCUAUAGAAGCCCUUUUCAAGCAUGGUGCAACAAAACAACAGACGCGAAAUCGAUUUGUCGAUCCGUUUCAAAAAUGGCAGACACACAAUAUUUUUGUUUGUCGAUCCCAUGGCAACCUUCAGCCAAGUCCAAGAGGAAUUGCUAGACGUUCUGGGAGAGAGAUACCCGGACGGCUUACCAACAUCUAAGCUCCCAAAUGAGGCUUCUCAGAUCAAGUUUGCCCUGCUCAAGAACAAGACGGAGCCUGAACAGGGCUGGAAGCCUCUGGACUUCGAUUCAGAUGACCAUCCUGUAGACAAAGGGUUUGAGAACAAUAUGAUGGUCGCCUUUGCUAUUGCGGCUGAUGACGAAGAUGAUGUUGACUUCGAGGUUGAGUUUCCAUCUUACGACGAAGAAGAAGAAGAAGAGGGAGGAGAGGCCGAAGAGGCCGAAGAGGCUAGCGACUCGUGACAGACUAUAUGCAUACUGAAGUCUAGCUCACACUCACAUGGAUGGAUUAUGAGAUAUGGCCGUUUUGGACUUAUGAAUUAGGCUAUUGGGGGGGGAUAUGGCUAUUUGAAGUUCGGACGACAAUCUGAACUGAUCAAGGUUAUGAUAGAUUGCUAGCGAGUCCUGAGGAUUCCCUCAACAUAAUGAUAAUAUGAUGAUGCCAAAUCUCCUGAAGGAGCUGUUACUCACUACUACUGACUGAUCAAGAGCCAUGUGUUGGUGAGUUGGUGAUAAUAAGUCAAAGGGCGGC